GAGUACGCGGCCAGCAAAUUCAUCACCAAAGAGAAAAGGAGGAGGAUUUCGGCCACCACCAACCUGUCCGAGCGCCAAGUGACUAUCUGGUUCCAGAACCGGAGGGUCAAGGAGAAGAAAGUG